AUGUGGCUCGUGGAGCUCCGCCAGGACCUGAAGAACAGGUUGCAGGCAGUCAUGCAGCCGGUGGUGGCAAAGUGGACGGGGUUCGAGGCGAGUGAACUAGAGAUGACGGCGUUGUACGGCAUCCGUAUGCAGUGCAAAAGUAUCGUACUCGUAUAAACGCAUUACAAAUUUCCUCAGCAUGAGAAAUGUAAUGCUGACGUACCUCAGCGGCAGCCUCAGGGAAAAGAUUUGUAAUGCAUGAUUGCAAUUAUACGAGGACGAUGCUUUUGCAUUUCAUAACCCGACUGUACCGACAAAACUCCGAAAUGCGGAUGCACGGCGACCUAUCCUGUGCAAAAGCAUCGCACUCGUAUUGCAUUCAUGCAUAUAGUGCAAAUCUCUCUUUUCAAGGUAAAUCAGCAUUUGCAAAUUUUAUUUCUCACGCUGAUGAAACUUGUAAUGCUGAUGCAUUUGUACGAGUACGAUACUUUUGCAGUUCAUACGACCGGCGCGACACGCACGCAAUCAGCGCCAUUGUGGAGGUGGGCCAUCUGGAGUUUGGGUUUCCGGACGAUCAGUAUCACGGCAUGGAGCAGACCUACGACCACAGCUGGCCGUUGCAGUAUGGACGAACAAAAAAAAUUCGUCACGAUCACUCAUGCGCGUUUUGGCAAUGCGAAGAUUUCUGUCAUAUGUAAAAAUGCAUCACAGUCUAAUUUUACAUGGGAUUUCUCUUGUAAUUGUGCAAUAGCAAUACACGAAAAACCUGUGAUGCAAAAAUAAAAAAAUCUCAUGCAAAAACUGCAAGUCAGUGACUAUGAUGACGAACUUUUUUUACUCCAUAUGCAGGUGGUGACGCACAGUGGGGAAACGAAGUACGUGCCCAACAAGGCGGGGCAGAUCAUUCUGUACGAGUCGGCAACGCUACCGCACGGGCGGCCGACACCCUUCCCGGGCCGGGAAUUUGCCAACGUCUUCAUCCACUACCGCCCGAGGGGGUGGCCGGAAAAAUUUGAAGUCGAGAAGAACGCAAAGGCGGAGGAAUUGUGAAGGGAUGGUCUUGUGCACGAGUUCUUGAAGGCGACGAGUUAGUUUUUUCAGGCCGAGUUUUAGAAUCAAUUGCAAGACGGAGGUGACUACUACAGUGGAUUUUUCGCCAAGUUCACAGAAGUGCUGGUCUUGAUGAUUCUUGUCUGAAUCACACACGAAGAUUCCAAGAAGACAGCGAAGGUUUAUUUUCCCGUGCGAAGAUCGGCUCGUUGAGGUUGAGGUUGAUGUGGCUCUGGACGGUGUUGCGUGGCCGCAAGCACAGCUGUUUCGAAUCAGAGCCAGCGUCUGCUGUAAAGUGAAAUAGAUCGAUUGUUCUGGCUGUUUCGUGUGUAGAGAGCAGGAG